GUCAAAACGAAGUAAAAAGAUGGGAUGGAUGAUUCAGCAUUUGAUUCUCGUGGUCUCUUCAGGAUGGAUAGACGAAGGAGUCAUAUGCGAACUCAUCCGCAUAAUCCUUUAGAAAUGGGUGUUCUAGGAUCCAGAGGUCUCCUCAAAAAAUCUGAGUUCAUAAUGCUAAUCGGUGAUGCACUUAUCUCCCUUGGAUUAAAAGGCACUGCGAACCAUUUAGAGAGAGCCACUGGCGUAUCUGCGAAACUGCGAAACUUCUUUCCCUCUGAAUUUCUAGUCCCAGAAAGGAGGUUGGAGUGUUUGUUAGAGAGGACGCUUAUUAUUGACCGGACAUAUUGUGAUUACCACAAUGUUUCUGAUGGUGAUAUGUCCCUAUACUCUGACCAUCAUUGUGGAAUGCAUAAAAUUCCUUCUAAGACUGUACAGACUCUGGAGGAACAUACGGAUGAAGUCUGGUUCUUGAAAUUCUCACAUGAUGGCAAAUACUUGGCUUCAUCUUCCAAGGAUAAAUCAGCAAUUAUAUGGGAGAUGGAUGCACAGGAAAAGUUUUCGGAGAAGCAUAAACUUGUGGGACAUGAGAAGCCCGUGGUAAUGGUUUUGUGGAGUCCUGAUGAUAAACAAGUCGCUACAUGUGGAGAAAAUGAGGUUAUCAAGCGCUGGGCUGUUGAGUCAGGAGAAUAUAUUCAAUCGUAUGAAAGAAAUGGUGUUGGUUCUGUUUCUUGUGGAUGGUUUCAUGAUGGUUCAGGUAUAAUUGCUGGGAUGACAGACAGAAGCAUCUGCUUGUGGAAUUUAGAUGGGACUGAGAUAGUGCACGAGCAAGGUCAAGGGGAACAGAAGCUUUCUGAUGUAGCCAUGACAACUGAUGGGAAAUGGCUUGUAAGCAUGGGCAUGAAGGGUGAGAUAGUAUUUGUUGAUAGACAAACAGGGGGAGUUGGGAAGAAAGUGGUUAGCGAGGAAGACAUGAUUACCUCGUUCUCGCUUUCGGAAGACAACCACUACAUUCUUCUCAAUCUAAGUACCAAGAAGAUUACUCUCUGGUUCAUUGACCUUGACGAACCAGAGGAGUUCCAUAACGUCCCCGAAACUGGUCUGUUUAUCAGAUCAUGUUUUGGCGGAUACAAUGAUUCUUUCAUAGCCAGUGGCAACGAAGAUCGUCAGGUAAAAAAGUCUCUCUCAAUCGUCUACAGUAAGAGAGAGAUGGAGAAGAAGAUGAGUGAUCUUUCUCUGUUUUUGCAGGUAUACAUAUGGCACAGAACAAAAACGUUAGAACCUUUUACAUUGCGAGGACACUCAGGAGCUGUGAACUGUGUGAGCUGGAACCCGAUUAACCUGCAUAUGUUGGCUUCAGCAAGUGACGAUGGAACCAUUCGGAUUUGGGGACUUGACACAAAGUUGAAGUGAUUCAAUGGUAACAGAUGAUGAUGACUUGGACUGCAGAUUAGUUUCAUUUGACAUUCAUCAUGUACAUAUAUGAUAUAUAGAUUUUAGUGUGGGUUGUUGUAUUCUUCAUCCUCGUGAUGUUUUUACUUCUUUUGACCAUAGUAGAACAGAAGCUGAAUACCAAUAUAUAGAUAGAAAAGGGAAAAUAGAAUAAUGCAUUUGAG